AUGAUUUUAAGUCGAGUUCAGGCCCGAAACCUCCAACUUUUGGGGUCUCGACGCCUCACUUCUUUGCAUGUUCGAUUAUUUUCGUUUAAAAAUGACGAUGGUGUCUCCUUAGCUGAUGCAUUAAAUUUACUUUCUCCUCAGAACGACCAUAAACCUGUUGAUUAUCUGCCCUCACUCAUUGAUAAUUUGAGGCAUGGACCUGUUAACGAAAAGUUUUCGAAACAAGCACCUUCAGAGCAAUUUAAAAUGCCUGCCAGUGAUACCAAGAAACAUUUGGACCAUUUACUUGCGGGUUUGAAUGUGUUCACCACCCACACAAUGUCCAACUACGAACUCCUUACAAGUCCACAGCAUGUGGUAAGUAAGUACAUAAAAGGACUUGAGGAUGAAGCUGUUAUUAUUGCCAUUGCCAAGCUUUUCUAUUUUCAAGAUAAGUUGACAUUUCCAGUACUUUUCGACUUGGUGCUCAAUAAAAAUCUCCUUCAUCUAGAAAAGUUACCAGUUGAUGUAAAUAGGCUAUCGCCCGAAGCACUUCCGUACUGGCCCGAGGAAUCGUUUUUGAGGUGGAAUGUCAUCAUGUUGAAGAAGUAUUAUGACCAGAAGAAGCCGCUCCAAAUUGUCAAGAAUCUCAAAGAACACUUUGAAAAAAGCUACUUGCCAAGUAUCCAGCAAGGGACGAUUUCUCCGUUUUACGAACGAAUAAUCUGGAAGUUUCACCAUGAAUACUUCAAGCUGCAGACAAACAACAGUGGCUUGCGUAGUAUCAAGUCUGAGAUUUUGCUAUGGGAAGCUACCAAUGACAAUUAUACUCUUGCGGUCAAAUUGUCCAAAGACAAGCAAUUGGUACCAUUGCAACGCAUAAUCUUUGAGAUAUGUUCGAGUGUACUGCAACAGAACAAUUUAUCACGGUCAGAUCAAGUUCGGAUAGUUGGCCAACUUAAGCAUAUAUCGAUCAAGAACAAAUUGCAUGCUUUACAUUUGCCAGAUAAGUUUGGCACUGGUGAGAGAGACAUGGUGACUCAGCAGGUGUGUUCUAGUAUGGAAAAGUUGUUGAUAACAGUGGCUGGCAUCGAAGAGUUGUUGAAAAAAGUAAGAAACUUACGAGACUCUUCCACACCCAACGAAGAGUGGAUAUUCAUGCCUGCUUGA